UCAAUGCGAAUUUGAUGCCAUGUCAAACGAGGUUGUUUGUUUGGUUACGCGAAUAUUCUGAAACUAUCACAUUGUAAUUAUUUUCGUGUUCCUAUGAGAUAACUAAUCAAGUACAUCUAUUUUAGAGAACUGUGGAUAAAUAUUAAAUUAACAUGGAAACCAUAUUAGAACAGCAAAGGAGCUAUCAUGAGGAAAGGGAGAGAACGAUGGAUGCUAUGGUUAAAGAGAUUCUUCAUAAAAAGACAGGACAUCGAGAAACUAUAAAUGCCGACCAUCGCUUGAAGAAUUUACAUGAUAGAUAUGUUGAGUCAACAAUCAGAUUGAAGGAACUGUAUGAGGAUAAAGAUGGACUUCGUAAAGAAGAAAUUGCUGCCCUAUCUGGUCCUAGUGAGUUCAAUGAGUUCUAUGCAAGACUCAAGCAAAUCAAGGAGUUCCAUAGAAAACAUCCAAAUGAGAUUUGUGUUCCAAUGUCUGUUGAGUUCGAAGAAAUAGCUAAGAUAAGAGAAAACCCAGCUGAAGAUUUUACAACCCCUGUGGAGUUUACUGAUGAAGAAGGUUAUGGAAAAUAUUUGGACUUGCAUGAAUGCUAUGAAAAGUACAUCAAUUUGAAGGGAAUUGAAAAAGUGGACUACAUCACAUACCUGAGUAUAUUUGACCAUCUCUUUGACAUACCUCGUGAGCGUAAGAACAGUGAAUACAGGAACUACAUCAGGGCUCUCCUGACAUACUUGAAAGACUUUGUGAAUAGGGUAAAACCUUUGCAAGAUCAAGCCCAAGAAAUGGCUGCGGCACAUCAGGAGUUUGUUAAGCAAUGGGAUUCUGGAAACUUUCCUGGGUGGCCUAAAGAAACUGGUGGUGCAUUAACGAAUGUGGGAGCUCAUUUAGAUCUCUCAGCGUUUUCGUCUUGGGAAGAACUUGCUUCCCUUGGAUUGGAUAGAUUGAAGUCAGCCUUAAUGGCUCUUGGAUUGAAAUGUGGAGGUACAUUAGAAGAAAGGGCACAAAGAUUAUUCAGUACAAAAGGUCAGACAUCUUUAGACAAAUCCUUAGUUGCUAAAAAAGGUGGAAACAAGGCAAAGGCAUCUACUCAACAAAGACAUAAAGAUAUUGCUGCCAUUGAAGCUCAAGUAUACAGAUUUGCAAACAUUGUAAGUAAUACUCGUAGUGCGACUAUCGAGAAUGUCACCCGUCGCGCGGCCCGUGCUGCCGGCGAGCGUCGCGAUGAUAGCGGUGAUGAAAGUGACGCCUCUGCUGCACCUGAUGUAGACUCUGAUGACGAUGAAGUACCAUACAACCCUAAGAACUUACCCCUUGGUUGGGAUGGAAAGCCAAUCCCAUACUGGUUGUACAAGCUCCAUGGUCUGAAUAUCAGCUACACCUGUGAGAUUUGCGGUAACUAUACAUACAAAGGCCCCAAAGCGUUCCAGCGGCACUUUGCCGAGUGGCGACACGCUCACGGUAUGAGAUGUCUGGGAAUACCAAACACGGCUCAUUUUGCUAAUGUCACCCAGAUUGAAGACGCACUUGCCUUGUGGGAGAAAAUCAAACAUCAGAAAGAGAACGAGAGAUUCGUAGCUGAAAAUGAUGAAGAGUUCGAAGACUCGCAAGGAAAUGUCGUUAAUCGUAAAACUUACGAGGAUUUGAAGCGACAGGGACUGCUAUGAAUAAAUGUUUCAAUUUGUGUUUGAAAAUAAAUUAAUUAUAGGACAGAGAACUAUAA